GGAGCUCAGGAAAGAAGCAGAUGAUAUGGCAGCUUUGAGAGCGACCAGGUGGAACUUGCUUUGUUAACACGGCUAAACCUUUGAUUAUGAAAACACAUUGUCUUAAAUACGGCAGCUGCUCGAUAUGAUUUACUUAAUAUUGAUUUCCGCGUUCUCCGGGGCAGUCGUUACGUUGAUAUUACAAUUCUUGCUGAUAUACCGGAGAAGCCCUGAGCCCAUAGGCAGGACAGUGCAGUAUGUCAAAGUAGUGCCUGAUAACGCAUUGAAGGAUUACUUUAAUACCCAACAUGCCGAGCCAGGCCAGCAGCAGCCGGACAGCACAGCAUCCAGACAACAAGAGGCCGUGUCCGCGCGGCAGCAGGAAGCGGCUGUCAGCGGCGGCAGCCCCAAACAACAGCCGACACCGCCUUCCCACGAGCCCGGGGAUGCGGCCAAGGCUGAGACCUGCAAUUUCCUAAAUGCUAUAUUCCUGUUCCUAUUCAGAGAGUUCAGAGAAACUCCUGUGGUAAGACACUGGCUCACCAAAAAGAUUAAGGUGGAGUUUGAGGAGCUACUGCAGACCAAGACCGCAGGUCGGCUGCUGGAGGGACUCAGUCUCAGGGACAUAUCCCUGGGUAAUUCUCUGCCGGUCUUCAAGUCGGCCAAACUUAUGAAGCCGAUGCACCUGAACGAGGACGGCAUGUCCGAGGAGCUCAACUUUGAGGUGGACAUUGAAUACAAUGGCGGCUUCCACCUCGCCAUCGACGUAGAGCUGGUGUUCGGGAAGUCUGCCUACCUGUUCGUGAAGAUGAGGCGCGUGGUGGGGAGGCUGAGGCUGCAGUUCACGCGCACCCCCUUCUCCCAUUGGUCCUUCUCCUUCCUCGAUGACCCGCUCGUGGACUUUGAGGUGAAGUCCCAGUUUGAAGGAAGGCCUCUGCCCCAGCUCACCUCCAUCAUAGUGAACCAGCUGAAGCGGGUCAUCAAGAAGAAACACACCCUGCCCAACUACAAGAUCAGAUACAAGCCCUUCUUCCCGUUCCAGGUGCUGCCCUCUCUGGGUUCAGCCUGUGAUCUGGACCUGUCCGUCCAGGAGAACAUGCUGGUGGAAGGCCGACUCAGAGUCACGCUCAUUGAAUGUAGCAGACUGUUCAUCCUGGGCUCCUAUGACAGAGAAACCUACGUCCACUGCACCCUGGAGCUGAGCAGCCACCAGUGGAAGGAGAAGACCCGCAGCUCCAUCAAACAGACGGAGGUGAUCAAGGGGGCGUGUGGCAGCGUGGGGAUGACGUUCAGACACGUCCCUGCCAGUGAGGGGGAUGCAGUGCACGUCAGCAUCGAGACCGUCACACCCAACUCCCCCGCAGCCCUGGCAGACCUGCAGAGGGGAGAUCGGCUCAUCGCCAUUGGAGGAGUCAAGGUGACAUCUUCAGUUCAAGUGCCCAAACUGUUGAGGCAGGCCGGAGAGAGGGUGGUGGUCCUUUAUGAGAGGCCCGUCCGUCACCAGGCUCACUCUUUUGGAAGCCUUGGAACUCUUCAGGAAGGGUUUGGGCAGCUAGAGGAAACAGGAUUUAUUCCUCAGCCGGGGGGGUAUGAAGAAGACCCAGCUCCCAUCACCACCCUCUCCGACAUAUCAGACAGCAAAGACAUGGACUCUGAGUUUGAAGAGUUGAUUGUGGACUCCAAACUUAGCCAGAAUGUUGGCCCUAACAGCAGCACCACAAAUACCAGUGAUGCAAAGGAGGAAUCCUUACUCACCGUUAACCAAAGCCCUAAAAGGACUGUGGCCAGCCUGGCCUCCAAGCCCCUCGGUUCCAUAUCCCCCAUACUCAACCGCAAGCUAAACCUGGUGGGUCUCCAGUCGCCACUAAAGCCCCAACCCAAAGAAUCUCCAAAGCCCUCUCCACAAAGGACCAAUAGUGAUCCAGUGGAAGGUCUGCAACGUCCCACUGUCCCUCCCCCACCUCCUCCUUCUCGCCCCCCAGUGCCGCCAAGACCUCAAAUAAGGUUGACGUCAGCCUCUUCAGAAACCAGUAUUUUGGAAGGCAUUGAUUCUGUUACAGCUACAAAUGCUGCUGUGGCUCCUACCGUGACUUCCAGCAGCAGCGCUUCUGAAAAAUCUCCAGAAAAAGCUCCUCUCACUGGAGCCAAUGAGGACAAAGCUGUCACUGAUAAGACCUGUGUCAAACAGGCUGAGGUGAAGCAGCCUACCAGACCAGCAGAGUCCACUGAUGAGCCGCCUGGCCCCCCCACUGUGACCAGCAGCAGCAGAGCUGACCAGGCAAAGGACAAAGCUUCAGAAAGCUCCUGCAGCACACGGGACAGUCUGGAGGACCACUCCCUCUGGGAAUCCCCAGAAACCCUUAUCCGUCACCAGACCGCACGCUGGCCCAAAGCCUCUGUAGUGUUUGAGGUGGAGAACAACCAAAAGUACCUUAAUGUGGCCCUGUGGUGCAAAGAUCCCUUUAAGUUGGGCAGUUUAUUGUGCCUGGGUCACGUCAGCCUCCAGCUGGAGCAUGUUGCCCUGGAAUCUAUGGCCACAUCGUCAGCAGAGUACCAGAGCACCUUCAGGCUGGGGCCUCCGGAGCCAAGGGCCAACGUCAGCCGCACAGCGCUGCGCAGUCUUAGCACCCACAAAGGCUUCAAUGAGAAGCUGUGUUACGGAGAUGUUACUCUGAACUUCUGUUACCUCGCCGAGGGGGAGCUAGACUAUCCAGGAGGGCUGAUAGAGAGGGAGCGAGAGGGCAGUCUCCAAGAUGAGGAUCUGAGAGAGAGGGAGCGGGAGCAGAUCCACACUGCACAGCGGGAUGACCUGGCAUAUGGAGCCAUUCAGCUGGUGGAGGUUCGCCACAACUUCCAGGACACACAGUUCCAGAACCCGACGUGGUGUGAAUACUGCAAGAAGAAGGUUUGGACAAAGGCCGCCUCUCAGUGUAUGAUCUGCGCCUACGUAUGCCACAAGAAGUGCCAGGACAAGUGCCUCGCUGAAAACCCCCUCUGUGUGGCAGCCACUGAUCGCCGCGGAGCUGACCCUGAAGCCAAAUCCACCAUCAACCGGGCCACCACCGGCCUCACCCGCCAUAUCAUCAACACCAGCUCCCGCCUGCUGAACCUCCGCCAGGUGCCCAAAACUCGGCUGGUUGAGACGGUGGCUGACUUGGUGCCUGGGACAGUGGAGCCCUCACCCAAGCACACCCCCAACACUUCAGACAACGAAAGCAGCGACACUGAGACCUACACUAGCGGGGCCAGCCCCUCGAAGCAGCCUGUGUGCAGCGGGGGCAGCAGCAAACUCGUACGCAGGGAAGGCGGGCUGGAUGACAGCGUGUUCAUCGCUGUCAAGGAGAUAGGCCGCGACCUGUACCGGGGGCUGCCCACAGAAGAGCGCUCCCAGAAGCUGGAGCUGAUGCUGGACAAGCUGCAGCAGGAGAUCGAUCAGGAGCUGGAGCACAACAACGCUCUCCUGCUGGAGGAGAGGGAGGCCACAGAUUCCCGCCGCAAGGCCCUCAUCAGUACUGCCCUGGCUAAGUCUGGGGAGAGGCUCCAGGCCCUCACCCUGCUGAUGAUCCACUACCGGGCCGGCAUCGAGGACCUGGAGUCAGUGGAGAGCUCCUCCCCUUCAGAGCAGCAGGGCUUUAAAGCAAAGGGAGUGGGGCUGGAGGAGGAGGCCCUGAUGGGGACGGAGGUGUAUGACAGUGACAUAUGCAGCCCUGUGGAGGGGCAGCUGCUGGACAACAUCACUGAGGAGCAGAUCUGUGUGGAGGCUCUGCACUGAAGGACACAGAGAGGAAAAGAAGAGAAACAUGUGCUUUGGCAAGAGCACCUCAACAAAAUAUGUCCACUUUGUUUUUAGAGAUGGGGGAGUUUCAGCAGUCCAUUUUAAAUAUAGGAUGUGUUGGGUCCAUUGUUUGAUUCACACAUUUUUUUUAUUUUAGUGUGAAAAAUGAAGGAUGGAAAUACCUCCCUAACAAGAAUUCAUAUAUUGAUGGUUUGAUUUGCACAACGUGAUGCCGUCUCCAUGCUCUUGGUUUUUAAAGGGAAGCUUCGUGCUGCAUGUGGAUCCUCCAGCUGGUUUUCUGUGGCUUCAAACUGUCAUGUAAUGCAUUUAAUUACUUUUGCUUCUUUGUCUGUAAGAGCUUUGAAAUAAGGACUUAAGAACAUGUGCACAUUUCUGUGGUCUACUCGUCUGAAUAAUUUGAAUAGAGAAGGAAUUAUUGUUACGUAAUUAUUUGUUUUACUGUGAGUAAAGAGCCCAUAUGAAGGUAAUAUAUUUGAGUCAAUAACAGUGUGAAUAUUACUGGGACAGCAGCGUUGGACAUCCAGCUCAGUGGAAAAGGUCAUUAGAGUUCAGACCCUGCAAGAGCUCACACAUAUCUUUGUUUUCAGCACCUUUUUUUACUGUAACAUGUUUGGAUUUUAGUAGCCACUGUCCUUGGAUUUAUUGUGAUAUUGUAUAUAGUUUGCUCUUUCUUUUGGUGUAUUUGUUUGUAUUGGUUUGGCCAGACAUGUUUUACUGAUCUAUAUUUCCCAUAUUCUUCUCUCCCCUGUGUGGGUGUAAAGAGGUUACCGUCCUGGGUUAAAAUGAAUACUUUUUUGAACCUUUUUUUGUCUUGCCAAGCUUCAUUAUGUUCAGCACACCCUGUCAACUCAAUUAUGGCACAUUAAUAACUGAUCAAAACUUUGAUUGGGUUCAAUUUGAGAAAUACAUCUUUUUGUAUUAUUAGUCUCUGAAGGAAUGUUAUCCAGGAGCUUUCAUGAUAUGAACAUUCUCUUAACAAAUUUGUAUUUGUUGUGAAUGAAGAUGAUUUCCAUGCCUCGAUAAAUAAUGAUGUGAUAAAUUGCAGAUCCUUUGCCUUCAUGAGUUGUGUUCAUGCCCAAAUGAAUGUAUGUUCAGCCCUCUGCGUGUUGUGUGUGUUACAGCUGUUUGGAACUGCCUUCCCCAUUCCCUUGCUGAACAUCAAGCAUUAAUGUAGCCUGUUACAGUGACUCUGCUCCAAAAUGCUUUGCUGUUCAUCUCCUACCCUUCAGAGACACACUGGAAUAAAUAGUGAGAGGAGGUACCAUCUAACAGAAACUCUAAAACACUGAACAUUUUGGAUUCUUUGCUUUUGGUUUUUAUUCUGAAGAUUAUUUUGACGUGACAUAUUCCCACCACAAUUACAGUUGAGUUUGUUGAAGAUCAGUCACUAAGAAUGAGUUUAAUGGCUUUCUAAAACUAUCAAAGCAGGUGGUAUCAGUGUGUCAGAAUUGUGAGGCAUGGAGGUGAGGAACUUCCAUAUUGUUUUUCUAACGCCCCAAUAGACAGGGUUGCAUGGCCUGUUACCGGUACAUUUAGGACUAGGAUUACAGUUAUCUUAAAACAUCUUUAGAUAUUCUUGCAUGAAUUAAAAAAACAAGCUGAAAGAAGAUUUAACACUGAAAAUAUACAAAGCCAUCACCCAAAGUGCAUUGAACACCAGCUGAGUGAGUCAGCAGAGGGCAGAUUUACUCUGACCGGAUUGGUCCACACUGAGGGACCUGGAGAGGUGAAGAGCCAGACUCCUGUUUGUGUCGCAGAUAUGUUGCUCCAGUAGAUAUUGGCUUGCUGGCUGCUAUUCUUGUUUAUCUCUGUCACUCUGUAUAUCCAGAUUUUUUGUGCAAUAUUUUUGUAGAAAAUGAAGCUAAUGAUUCCCUCGUGUGUGACUUCCUUCUCCUUUCUUUGAUUUCUGUGUCUAUCUGUCUGGUGUAGCUCCCUGAGGGUCUUUGUGGACCAGUGAAAACGUGAGAAGCACUGCUUUGCUGCUGCUGCUGUUACUAUGUGCUCCUUCACAGAUCUCAUGAUCACAUGCUUCUGCGCCCACCCCCGCCCCAUGCCUAACCUUUGAAACUGCUCUUGCAAUAUGGCUGCCCAUCAUGGCUUUCAGUAGAUGGAGAUGGUGUUUGUUUCUCUUUGUGUGUGCGAGGGAUGUUGUAAACUGUUUUUGCAAAGGCUCAUGUGAUGAAGCUUUAUUGUACAUAACCUAAAUAAACAAGCUAAAAUGAUUUCCCAUCA